AUGGAAGAUUCUAAACCAAUAUUUACUACUGCUACUGACACUAAAGCAACAGCAACAAACGAAAGUUACACGCCUGCCGAUAAUAGAAAUAUGUCCAACGGUCAUGAUAGCGUUUUUUCACCUUUGGCUUCAUCGUUCCAAUCUCGUGGAGGAAACGAACUAAUGAAUAUCCUGUCGCAGCAAGAACCUCGUGCUGCUGAUAUAGCACCAUCAUCAGCUGACAUGGAAAUGAUGAUGAAUUACCGAAUGAACAACGAUUUGUUAUUCGAUGAGACUGAUCAGAAUACCGGUUUCUAUAUGGGUACCAGCAGAGCAGAGUCUGUAGGAUCUAUGCACGCCAAUACGUGGAUGGAAAAUUCUUCAAUAGCUGCUUCUAGAAAUGGUGAAAUGACAGACACUUUCGAUUUUCUUGUCAAAAGUCUUUCAUCGGCCAACAACUUUGUAUCGAUGUUGUCUCGUGAACAACUCAUGGUGCUACGCUCAAUACGGCCAGGUGUCCUCUACGAGUUCUUACAAGAAGUGGCCAAAGUGCGCGGUGAUAAACGUAUACGGCGUGCAUUGCCUAAUGAAUGCGCAUUUUGCAAAAAUAAUGGUGAAAAUGAAGAAUGCUAUUCGUCGCAUGCACUGAAAGAUUGGCGCGGACGCGUAUUGUGCCCCGUGUUACGUGCAUUCCGGUGCCCGCGCUGUGGUGCCACCGGCGAUCGCGCGCACACCAUCAAGUACUGUCCCGAAAAUAUGGAUACAGUUUCCGAGCGUUCUAUGGGAAGUCUUUCAUCAAGAAGGCGCGUACCGCCGUCUCUGCUGCUGGGCUCCCAGGGUGUUGGUCAAAUGACAACACAGCCGCUGUCCGGUCCGACCACGCCUGCGCCGCCCGCGCCAUCGCCGUCUACGACCGCAGCUCAGCUUCCACAUUCGAGCCUCUGGUCAUCCUUCGGAAUAAACUAAAUCAUCGAUUUCAUUACCGACUAACGUGAGAGAAUACCGAUUUGAGAAAAACGAAGUAACUCAAUUGUAAUUAUUGUAAAAUGAGAUAUAAAAGAUUUGUGUCGGUACAGGUCUUAUUAUACACUAGUAUUUUCUCACUGAAUACACACCGAUCAUAAUGACUAUCGACUUGUAUCUGUUUCCUGGAAAUUAAUUACCCCCCCAUACGUUAUUUUUAACAAAUAACUAUUACACAGUUACUUUUAUGUAAGUAAUACAUACAUUGUUUAUAAUAUAUUUGCAUAGUGCAAAUGAUUAGAUUAGUCCAUGGAUAGUUACACUAAAUAAUUAAGUAUUAAAGCUGAAGCAUUUCUAAUUCUAUUGUUACAUUCGGUUCGUUUUACUAUUUUUCAAAUAGAAAGAUGAAUGUGUUAGUAACAUCUCAAGUAAGAAAAUGUUCAAAUAAAAAGUAUGCGGGUCAUACUGUAUUUGAAAUAAUCUGAUCUGAAUGAGAACAGUUUCAGCUUCUUUUUUUUCUUAAUCUAUUAUUAAUUUUUCAUUGGGUUUUAAUUCAAAGCAAUAUCAAAAUUAUUAAUUUUCACAAUUAUGUA